CAUUCACGCACGCCGGGACCGAAAAGAGCGGUGGCCGGAGAGCCACGACAAGCAGCCGCACGUGAAGAGGGCAGUCCGCCCGCUCCGGAUGUUUCGCGGCCAGCUGGUAGGCAUGGAGCUGCCCCGGCAAUCCACCUGCCCGGUGCCAAGGUUGCUGCUACUGCUGUUGUGGAGCCUGGUUCUGCCUUGGCCUGGUGAAGGAUCCCAGCGCAGUAAACCCAUGUUCACAGCAGUCACGGAUCAAGUCCUUCCCCCUGACUAUGACAGCAACCCAAUUCAGCUCAACUAUGGUGUGGCUGUGACUGAUGCAGACCGGGAUGGAGACUUCGAGAUUAUCGUGGCUGGGUAUAAUGGACCCAACCUGGUGCUGAAGUACGACAAGGCACGGGGCCGGCUGUUAAAUCUUGCAGUGGAUGAACACAACUCCCCCUACUAUGCACUGAGGGAUCGCCAGGGCAAUGCAAUUGGUGUGACAGCCUGUGACAUUGAUGGAGAUGGAUGGGAGGAAAUUUACUUCCUAAACACCAAUAAUGCCUUUUCUGGUGUAGCCACCUAUACAGAUAAACUCUUCAAGUUCCGCAAUGGGCGCUGGGAGGACAUCUUGAGUGAUGAGGUGAACCGGGGUGUGGCAAGCCGGUUUGCUGGGCGUUCCGUGGCAUGCGUAGACAGGCUGGGGUCUGGCCGCUAUUCCAUUUACAUAGCUAACUAUGCCAAUGGAAGAGUUGGUCCUCAUGCCCUCAUUGAGAUGGACACAGCUGCCAGUGACCUAGAGCAUGGUAUUGUGGCACUGAAUGAUGUGGCUGCAGAAGCUGGAGUCAAUAAAUUCACAGGGGGUCGGGGCAUAGCGGUGGGUCCCAUUCUCAGUGAAGCUGCCUCUGACAUAUUUUGUGAUAAUGAGAACGGAGCCAACUUCCUCUUUCAGAACCAGGGCGACGGUACCUUCAUAGAUGUAGCACCCAGCACUGGGUUGGAUGAUCCCUACCAACAUGGUCGUGGAGUGGCCCUAGCUGACUUCAAUCGUGAUGGCAAAGUUGACCUUAUCUAUGGUAACUGGAAUGGACCUCACCGGCUCUAUCUGCAGGUUAAUGCAGGUGGGCGUAUCCGCUUCCGAGACAUUGCCACGCCCAAACUGUCCAUGCCAUCACCUGUCCGCACCGUCAUCGCUGCUGAUUUUGACAAUGACCAGGAAUUGGAGGUCUUCUUCAACAACAUCGCGUAUCGUGGCUCGUCUGCCAACCGCCUCUUCCGGGUUAUCCGCCGAGAACAUGCCGACCCAGCUAUUGAAGAACUGAACCCUGGCGAUGCUGUGGAACCAGAGGGGCGUGGCACAGGAGGAGUGGUGGUAGAUUUUGAUGAUGAUGGGAAGCUGGAUUUAAUCCUUUCACAUGGUGAAUCCAUGGCACAACCCCUCUCCGUCUUCAAGGUCAACGAGGGUGCUGGCAACAACUGGCUGCGGGUGAUUCCACGUACACGCUUUGGGGCAUUUGCUCGUGGUGCUAAAGUGGUGCUGUUCACACGGCACAGUGGUGCCCAUCUGCGCAUCAUUGAUGGAGGGUCUGGGUACUUGUGUGAGAUGGAGCCUGUUGCCCAUUUCGGCUUGGGACAGGAUGAACCCAGCAGCCUGGAAGUGACUUGGCCAGAUGGCAAGUUUAUCAGCAGAGCUGUAGUGAGCACUGAGAUCAAUUCUGUACUCGAGAUUCUCUAUCCCAAAGACACACCAGGAUCACCCACCAUUUUAGUUCCUCUUGAGUGCGGCCAAGGAUUCUCUCAGCACAAGAAUGGACGUUGUGUGGACAUGGAUGAGUGUGCAGAAUUUCCUUUUGUGUGUCCGAGAGGCAGGCCCAUCUGCAUCAACACAUAUGGUGGGUACCGUUGCCGCAGCAACAAGCGCUGUAACCGGGGCUUUGAACCCAAUGAGGACGGCACCGCUUGUGUUGCAAUGUAAAAUUGGAUCAAAAUAUUUGAAUAUCCUUGGUGCAACUCUAGAAGAUUUUCUGUUAACCCAUCUCUGCUUGCUGCCUUGAAUAGGUGACACAUUAUUUGCACACCUCACAUCACCUUGUUGGAAAAUCCAGUUUGUCUCUCCCUGCUGUGCAAGCUACAUCCUAAGAACUAAAGAUGUUUACUUUCUGUAUAUGUUUCUGUUGCACAAAAUGUAAAGGAUGCUUGUUAAAGGAUCAUGAAACAAUGUUGAAGAAGCAUAUAUUGCUACUACCAAUUACACCAGCCUUUCCAGAGUUGCUGAGAAUUCUGGAAGUUUGGUCACACAGUUGGAGUAUACCAAGUUGUAAAAGACUGGAUGGAUCAUUUCACUCUAAUUUCUUAUUCUUCAAUAUUCAUAUGACUGCCAUGACUGAAUAUGUACAAUGAAGUCUGCAUGGCUAGAAAACUCUCACCUGAGGUCUGAGGAACCACUGCCAUUCUGGGUAGACAAUCUUGACAAAAUAAGAUCCAUUACAUAUUGAAGAGUCAGGAGCGACUAAAUGACAGAAUAAAAAUGCUGAAUUGAAGGAACCUAUCCACAACUUUAAUAUUAGGUAGCUUUCUAAGUUUCUGGAUCUGUGGGAUGAACUUGCAUGAACAAUAAUAAAACAACCAUUUGCAAUUUUAAAGUAUCCAGUUUUCUGGAAUGCUAGAAUUUUCAUAGGUUCCAAGGUGAAAGUACAGGGAACUGUAAUACUAAAAGUGCUUUUACAGCUGUUCUGUCACUUAUAGUUGAAUGACUUCAUUCCUGCUAUA